GGAACAGCGGGCACUGAGUCGCCUGGCAAGACAGUGGGCUCCGAGUCAACAGGCACGACAGUGGGCACCGGGUCAUCAGGUAUCGGAUUGUCUGGCUCGACAGCGGGCAUCGGGUCACCAGGUAUGACAGCGGGCACUGGGUCACCAGGCAUCAGGUCAUUUGGCUUGCCAGCGGGCACCGCGUCAUCUGGCAAGGCAGUGGGCACCGGGUCACCAGGUACCGGAUCAUCUGGAUCAACAGCGGGCAUCGAGUCAACUGGCUAAUAGGAUCGUCGGGCUGGAUCAGUUCAUCAUGCUGAGUAGCGGCAUCAGGCUGAAUGCAGGCAUCAGGCUGAGGAGAGGCAUCAGGCUGAGGAGAGGCAUCAGGCUGAGGAGAGGCAUCAGGCUGAGGAGAGGCAUCAGGCUGAGGAGAGGCAUCCGGCUGAGGAGAGGCAUCCGGCUGAGGAGAGGCUUCAGGCUGAGUCACAGAAGGCAGGUUCACCGGUUUGGAUACUGGCAGGAUGGUAUUGGUUGGAAA